AUGUUUAGAAUAAGCAGCGUGUUCAACCUACAACGGGCACGCAUGAGCACAUACCUAAAUUAUAACAAGUACACUAUAAAGAGAAAAACGUACAUAGCAGCUGUAGAAAAUAAGUACACAUAUAUCGUUCUUCUAAACAAUAUAAGUCAAGUAGGGGAAAAAGGAGAAAUUGUAAAGGUAAAGAGAGGAAGUGCUAGGAACUUAAUAAAAGAAAGAAAGGCAGUGUACGCUACGUAUGAAAAUGUGGACUCUUAUGCUGAUAAAGAAAAAUAUAAAAGAACAGAACAGGUGGAUAUAAAAAAAGGAGCAGAAAUAAAAGAAGACUUUGAAAAAUAUUUUACUCAUUUGAAAAAUAUAAAUGUGACUAUCUAUCUGGAUGUGUACAAAUACACCAAUAAUGUCUCCUAUGGAUUGUACGACUUUUUUAAUUACUUAUCUUAUAAUUACCAAGUAGACUUAACUAGCCAAAAUUUACAUAAAAUUAAUUAUUAUAAAAAUGAGGAAAACUACAAGAAUAAUAUAUAUGAACAGAUUUACACAGACACGUCUCACUAUAACGAUUUGAUUGUUAUGAAUAAUUUACUUUUUCGGCGUACAGGGAUUUAUAUCAUUUAUUAUGUCCUUUUUAUGCCAAAUGCCAAGUUUCUUAACGAAAUUGUGUUCAGAAUUUUUUCCCUGCAGGAAUAUGAGCUUCUAAAGGAUGAGAAGAAGAACAAGAAGGCCGAAAUAGUCUAUCGCAUAAAUUAG